UGCGUCACAUGACCAAACAGUCUCCAAAUGAUUCAGGAAACAGCGGAAAGUUCAUCAAACUUUUUAAAAGCUUAAAAUGUCAGAGGCAAGAUUAAUAAAACGGUGAAAAUGCAUCGCUGAGAAAUUUAAUGCGAGUUUUAUCAUUUGAACCGGAAUAAGAUCUGCUCGUGUGUCCCACUGGUGUGGUGAGGAUGGUUCUACUGGGAGGGGUUCUCUGUCUGGUUCUGGCUGCCUGGUGCGGAGCUGAGGCCAGGCGGAGGAACGUUCUGCUAAUCAUCGCCGACGAUGCAGGCUUUGAGACAGAGGUGUACAACAACUCUGCGGUCCGCACACCGAACCUCCUGGCGCUGUCCCGGCGAGCUCUGACCUUCCAGAACGCCUUCACCUCCGUCAGCAGCUGCUCUCCCAGCCGUGCCUCCAUACUGACCGGCCUGCCCCAGCAUCAGAAUGGAAUGUACGGGCUCCACCAGGGAGUCCACCACUUCAACUCCCUGGAUGAGGUGCAGAGCCUUCCGUUGCUUCUGCGCCAAGCCAACAUCCACACAGGUAUCAUCGGUAAGAAGCACGUGGGCCCGGGGGAGGUCUACCCCUUCGACUUCGCCUACACCGAGGAGAACAACUCGGUGCUGCAGGUCGGACGCAACAUCACACGCAUCAAGCUGCUGGUCCGGAGGUUCUUCCAGAGCCUGAGGGAGAGGCCAGGAGGAGGAGACGGAGACGAGAGGCCCUUCUUCCUGUAUGUGGCCUUCCACGACACCCAUCGGUGCGGUCACUCCCAGCCACAGUACGGAGCCUUCUGUGAGAAGUUUGGCAACGGGGAGCCGGGAAUGGGGACGAUUCCCGACUGGAAGCCCGAGUACUACCGCCCGGACCAAGUGAAGGUCCCUCCCUUCGUUCCCGACACUCCGGCCUCCAGAGCCGACCUGGCCGCUCAGUACACCGCUGUCAGCCGGCUGGACCAGGGCGUGGGCCUGGUGCUGGAGGAGCUGCGCGCCGCGGGCUACGAGAACGACACGCUGGUGGCCUACAGCUCGGACAACGGCGUGCCCUUUCCCAACGGACGCACCAACCUGUACGGCUCGGGCACCGCAGAGCCCCUGCUGCUCUCCUCCCCGGAGCACCGCGCCCGCUGGGGCCAGGCCAGCCAGGCCUACGUCAGCCUGCUGGACCUCACCCCCACCGUCCUGGACUGGUUCUCCCUCCCCUACCCGGAGUACAGCCUGCCCAGCGCGCCCCAGGCCGCGGUGCAGCUCACCGGACGCUCGCUGCUGCCCGCCCUGCUCUCGGAGCCACGCGGCUGGGACACCCUGUACGGCAGCCAGUCGCUGCACGAGGUGACGAUGUUCUACCCCAUGCGCUCGGUGCUGCGGGCCCCGUACCGCCUGCUCCACAACCUCCACUACCGGAUGCCCUUCCCCAUCGACCAGGACUUCUACGUGUCGCCCACCUUCCAGGACCUGCUGAACCGCACCCGGGGGGGGCGGCCCACCCACUGGUUCAAGACCCUGGGGCGCUACUACUACCGGGACCGCUGGGAGCUGUACGACACCAGGGCGGACCCCCAGGAGACCCACAACCUGGCCCCCGACCCAGCCCACCGCGACCUGCUGGCCGGGCUGAGGGCCGACCUGCUGAAGUGGCAGUGGAAGACCGGUGACCCCUGGGUCUGCGGGCCGGACUACGUCCUAGAAGACAAGCUGGAGCCGCACUGCAGACCGCUGUACAACGACCUCUGACCCUCUACAACGACCUCUGACUCCUCGACCUCUGACCCUCUACAACGACCUCUGACCCUCUACAACGACCUCUGACCCUCUACAACGACCUCUGACCCUCUACAACGACCUCUGACCCUCGACCCUCUACAACGACCUCUGACCCUCUACAACGACCUCUGACCCUCUACAACGACCUCUGACCCUCUACAACGACCUCUGACCCUCGACCUCUGACGCUCUACAAUAACCUCUGACCGGCUAAUCAGAGUUGACCUGGUGUGUGUGUGUGUGUGUGUGUGUGUGUGUGUGUGUGUGUGUGUGUGUGUGUGUGUGUGUGUGUGUGUGUGUGUGUGUGUGUGUGUGUGUGUGUGUGUGUGUGUGUCAUGGAGCAUAAUUGCUAAUUUCUUUCUUUUUUUUUAAUAAAGGUGGUGACACCACAUUGACGAGGUAUGUUGUGUCAUUGUUUUUCUGGCUUUAAUAAAUAAAAAGCCAAAUGAGUUUGUUGUUCUCUCAGUAAGGGUUUUCCGUCCUCUAAUACCUGCGCUAUAAUCAGUUUAGUUAAGGCAGCGAUGCCUCCUGAGAAUAAUCUUCAGCCGUCCAGACCACAGAUGCACAAAGCCAAUAAGAUUAUGAAAGAAAUAUCUCGUUUGGAGUUCUUUAAAUAAAGCCUCCGACCGCUGUGGACAUGAAGCCAACAAGGUUCUAAUUUUGCUUAUUUUCAGUCCACAGGUGUCUGUGAUGUCCGGGGGAUUCGGUGCACAUGAACGGGUCGGUUGGUAAAUCGAUUUGGAAAAGUUAUGCGUCAUUUGAAUCUGGCUUAAUACAGCAACAAAAAAAUCCCUGCACAAUUUCAAACAACCUGUUUUUACGGACCCCGGGAAACACCUUCGUGCGUGUGGACGGUUGCGAGUGCAAAACUACUCUGCCCAAUCCUCAACACAAUCAACGACUUCAUUUUCACGCAGAGCAAUGAAGAAAUGACGUCAUACCUUUGACGUCAACCGCAGCCCCCAAACUCCGAUCGAUUCGGAUCGGUCUUUUGUCCUCCUCUCGCGUAAAGAUGAAUCCUCCGCCCUUCAUCUACAUCGAUCUGACGACCGUAGCGGGUCACGACGCGUCGCAGCCCCUCACCUAUAAAGUUUGGAAACCCCGACAAGAAACACAUUCAGCCCGGAAAAAACGGACCUUCUGCAGAACACCGCAAGAAGAUCACAUCCACGAAGCUUCGACAGAAACAGCUCCACAGUCCCUGCCAAAAGUAGCUGCGUAAAAGCCGUGCGUA